UACAUCAGAUCGUUUUUUUCUCUCUCUCUCUCUGUGCCAGUCAAGUUCAGCGCUGUUGUUUUGCUGUAUUUGAACGUCUCCAUAAAAUCUGGAGAAACAGCGUCCGCGCGAUCGAUGGGCAAACACGCGCGUGAAACAGUCAUCGAGUCCGCCAUCGUUUCGCACGGCCACAGGCAUACACUCUCUUCUUCACCAUGGGUGGUGCUGUGAGUGCUGGAGAGGACAAUGAUGAACUGAUUGACAAUCUGAAGGAGGCGCACUACAUUCGUUCAGAGUUGGUGGAGAGGGCUUUCCGGGCCAUCGAUCGUGCCGAUUACUACUUGGAGGAGUACAAGGACAGUGCCUACAAAGACCUGGCCUGGCGGCAUGGCAACCUCCAUCUCUCCGCACCCUGCAUCUAUUCAGAAGUGAUGGAGGCACUAGAACUGCAGCCUGGCCUUUCCUUCCUAAAUCUAGGCAGUGGAACAGGCUACCUCAGCACCAUGGUGGGCCUUAUCCUGGGUUCAUUUGGUGUGAAUCAUGGGGUUGAGCUGCAUGCAGAUGUUGUUCAGUAUGCCUACCAAAAGCUUGACUACUUCAUCAAAACCAGCGACAGCUUUGACAGGUUUGAGUUCUGUGAGCCAUCAUUUGUGGUGGGAAACUGCCUGGAGAUUCCUCCAGAGAGUCGCCAGUAUGACAGAGUAUACUGUGGGGCUGGUGUCCAGAAAGAAUAUGAGAACUACAUGAAGAACUUGCUGAAGGUUGGAGGAGUCUUAGUGCUGCCUCUGGAGGAGAAGUUGACCAAGAUCACACGCACAGGACAGAACUCCUGGGAGACAAAGAAAAUCAUAGCUGUGACAUUCGCGCCUCUGGUGCAGCCCAAACAAAUCCUCAAUGGGAGAAGCAAAAGUGUGCCACUACCUAUCUUUGAGGUCCGGACACUGCAGGAUUUGGCACGCAUCUCAAUCCGCCAUACAUUGCGCCAGCCAAAGGAGCUAACAGAGGGUCGUUCCAAAAGGCGAGUAUCAUUUCCUAGAGCUCGUGCCAUGCAGCGCUAUGGUCCUCGCUUUGAACGUCGUCGUUUCUGUCGUCGCUUCUACCGCCAAUGCAUCAGCUCCACCAUUCUUCAUGAGUCCAUGAUGCCCAUGGCCACAGAUGACUGCACUUACCCAGGAGGAGUGGAAGAAGAGGAAGAGGAGGAUCUUGAGGAAGAAAGGAACUGCCACAAAACACAGAGAGACCUGCAGGAAGAGGACGAGGAGGAGGAGAGCACCACUGUUGAAGAAGAGGAAAAGAUCAAGCGAGUUGAGGCACCCGUCAAUGUUCUGAGGCAAAGGAUCUUGUCACUGCCUUUGCCUGAGCCACUCAAGAUGUAUCUCCUAUAUUAUCGUGAGAAAUAAGUUAAAGAAAGGUAGUGCCAGUGGGCUUAAGUGAAUUUUAAAGGUUUUACUUAAGAACCCACCCAUUAUUUAAUCCCAUUAAGACAUAAAAUAACUGCAUUAUAAAUGCACCAAGACUUGUAUGGGUUUCCUGCACUUACUUCUUACCACUUGUUUGAGCAAUUUCUUUGAGUCACGUCUGUGAUUUCGGUCUGAUUUUAGAAACUGCAGCCCCAUCUUUCAGCAUCUAUACAAAAAAGACUUUGGUGGACUAUCAAUGUGAUGCCUUGAUUUAACUGACAGUAGCAUCAUUUUUGGAUGUUUACCAAGAUUGGUGUGGUGGACUAAACCAUUGUAUAUUUUUCUAGCUUUAUGAAAGCUGUUGUCUAUUGUUGAACUGCUUUCCUUGUUACAGUCUCUCUUAUCAUAACUUACUAGAUUCCAUUUGCAUGUGUAGUGCUACUGUGCACCUGCAUUUUAGUGUGAUGUGUUUCAACACUGUAUGCUGUGCAAAUCAAUUUAUGUUUUGGGGUAAAGAUACAUUUAACAUGUGAUUAAGUCAUUGUGUAGUCAGCGUAAAAAUAACUGGUAAGAACUGUACGUCAUGUGUAAGAUAAAUGAUUUAUUGUGCCCCCAGAUUCCAGCAUGCACCACAUAAGCUGCUUAUGAGCAUGAAAUGGAAACAAUACUGUCUAGAGCAGUGGUUCUCAAAGUGCUUUCUGGAAAAUUAUACUCAUGCAGCAUAGCUGGGGGUCUGCAACUUUAUUAUUUAUUUACAGUCCACAGUUACUGUAUCAAUCAUCAUAUUUUAAUUAUUAACUGGUUAGUUGACGUUUAAUUGGUUUAACCAAAUCUCCAGUAGUUUCAAAACGAGUAGGUCUAUAACUAAUGUGCCAACCAAUGUAUUAUGUAUAUGGAUAAAUCAUGAAGAAAAAGCGCUAUGACUUAAACAAAUUUAAAUAAAUAGUGAGAACCCCUGGUCUAGGAAAGACAACCAUAUCAUUUUUGGUCCCAAACUAGUUGUAGUAUGUCUAUGUCAGCUACAUCUUAUUUAUAUUUUAAAUGUAACAUGAACCAUUCAGAAAUUGUGUCCUUACUCAGGAAUGUUUAACUUAGAGGUAAUUGAAUUGACCAAAAACUAUAUCAAAAUUAUUAUUUUUUUGACCAAAAAAAAGAUAAGAUUGUUAGAUUUUUAUACUAUGCUUACUGUGAAAUAGGCUCAGCUAUGAGAAGUACACCUUCUGGGUUACCAUGCUUGCUUCUACUACAAUGCAUUUUCACAAUUUUAAGUACUUUUUUAUUUGAUUAUGGACACUGACAUGGAUGCUUAAUGGCUCCUUAAUUAAAUAAAAUCCAACAUCCAAAGCUACCUACAUGCCUGAAAACACCAUUUAACUUAAAAUGAUUGUAAAUUUGGUAAUGUAUGGGCUUUCAAUAAAUUUUAGUUUGUGCUGG